CAUUCGAAUAUUGUGCUGAGAUAAUGUGACCGUUGCCCAACGGUCGAAAAAAAUAAAAUCCUCAUCUCUUGCUCUUUUUGGAUACCCUCAAUCCGCCGACGAUUAAGUAGAAGGGUGAUAAUUGGUAAACAAAGAAUCGCACGGCUGUCCCAGGAACCAAAAAGCAAUCCCUAACUGAGCGAUCUCUGCUUGAGGAACUACCAAAAUCUGAAAACAUCGGCGAGUUUAAACCAAGAAAACGAGCUUGGGGUUGUAAUCUUGAGAACAAUGGGGGCAUUGGUUCCUGGGAUUCUUCUGAAGCUUUUGGAUGGAAUGAAUGCUGGAAGCAUAAAGCCUGUGGGUGAGCACCGCAGCGCUCUUCUUCAAGUGACCGACAUUGUUCCUGCGGACCUUGAUGAGAAGGAUCUCUUGCCUAAACAUGGGUUCUAUAUUAAAUUAUCUGAUUCCUCCCAGUCAAUUUAUGUCACUUUACCCCCUGAUCAAGAUGACCUAGUUCUCAGCAACAAGAUCCAGUUGGGACAGUUCAUCAGCGUUGAUAGAUUGAAGCCAGGUUCCCCUGUGCCUGUUAUAUAUGGUGUGAAGCCACUACCAGGAAGGCAUCCAUUUAUUGGAACCCCUGAACCAAUUGCCCGAAAUAGAAAUCAUGGAGAGAAAUCAGAUUAUAAAGAAGUUAAAUCAAGGCAAAGAAAGCCAUGGGAAUCAGAGAAAAAACCUUUGAUUGGAGCUUCUUCUCCAAUGGUUGUUAAGCCCACAAAUUUAGAUUUCGACUCCAUUACUCCAACACCAGCAAAGAUGACUUCCAAAUCGGGGAAAAUCGGCAUCUGUAGAACUUCUGUUGGUGAUGUUCUGUCCAGAGUGGUAGAGAUAAAGGAAUCUGGCUCGAGGUUGAUGACUAAAAGAUAUGGAUUGUCAAAGCAUCCGAAAGGUGGGAACAGCCCAGGAAAGGAGUCGAAGAUUUCAAAGAGUCCCUUCUCCACCGAAAAGAAUUUGCUUUUUGCCUCGUCUAGAGUUAGAGUAAAAACAAUGGGCGGCGAGUCAAAUGACUCUAAAAAUAACGCCAAAGAUCGCUGGAAGAUGCCUGCAAAGCUCUGUCUUCUCCAAAAGGAGUCCAUGUUGAAUAAAGAGACGGCUCAAAAGGUUGCACUCCAAGCACUGAGAGAUGCUUCUGCUGCAGAGAAUCUUUUUCGGGUUGUCAAGAUUUUGUCAGACUUGAUUACGAUUGCAAAGCCAGAUUUCCCUGCCACUGUUUUAGAAGAAUACCUCCACUUUCACGAAGAGAUCAUGCGGGUUGUGGUUGAUAUGGAGAAGAUUCGAGCAGCAACACAAACAUCCAUGGAAUCAUCCAUGGAAAGUGAAAAGGAAAAUGAGCAGCAGUCAUUAUUUCAGGAGAUCUCAAACAAUUUGAACUCUUUCAAGAGAAAAGGGUCUCGGUUGAAAACAAAUACUUGUAGAAAAGUGAGAGCAAGUCCAAAGGUGAAGACUACUGCUGAGAUAAAAAUAGCUGACGAUGUGCAUGUGGAUCAGAAAAAAAUAGAACUUUGUUCUAGCCUAAGCAACACAAUUAGAUUGGCCAAGGAGGUGGAGACAGAAGCUGGAAAUUGGUUCAUGGAAUUCUUGGAGUUAGCAUUAGAGUCAGAAAAGAAGAAGAAAGGUGGAGAAGGACGGCAGAGUUUAUGUAAGUAUCCACAGUCAUUACUGCUGAAGGUUAUCAACUGGGUAGAGGUGGAGCAAAGCGAUGGUAGUAAGAGGCCAGCUCAUCCCAGGGCAGCAUUUGUAGCUAGAAAGCUAAGAAUCAAAGCAAAGAAUCCCUAAAUAUGAUAUGUUUAAUUUUUUCUUUGAAGCAGCCUAAAAAUGUGAAUUUGGGGUCGUAUUCAUUCUUUUUUUUCUAUCCUUGUAAUGUUGCUAUGGUUUUUUGUUCAUUUGAAUCUAGAUUCUCAUCCAUGCCAAAUUGUUAUAGAAGUUGUUGCAUACGAUUAGUUGGGAGGCAGGCUUUGAUGUUGCAAUAGGACAAAAAAAUAUGUCCAGCAAUGGCCUCAAAAACUUUUAAACCUGAAAACAUAUGCUGCCUCUGAAUUCUGUCAAAACAGAAGAUGAUCACAAUUUUUACUUGAGAGAAAUUAGGGGCGUGGUUUUGAGUGUGAUGAUGUAAUGCUAUCCCAUUUAGUAA